GCUCAAAACACCAAACGCAAAGCUGCCAUGAGUUCUUUAAAUGCAAGCUUUUCCCAGAAUAUCUCCAUUGUUCAUCCUGAGUACUUUUUCAUCGUUGGACUUUCUAGAUUACCGUACAGCAGUUAUUACUAUAUAUUCUUAUUCAUGAUUUAUUUUAUUACUGUAAUUGGGAACUCUAUAGUGCUUCUCAUAAUUGCUCUUGAACGAAGCCUGCACAGUCCAAAGUACAUCGGUGUGUUUAAUUUGGCCUUGGCUGAUAUUGGUGAAACUAAUGCUCUGAUUCCUAACAUGAUGAAGAAUUUUCUGUUUGACUCACAGUACAUCUCCUACAAUGCUUGUUUGGCAAACAUGUUCUUUGUGUUCCUCUUCAGUUCUAUACAAAGUGUUACUCUUGUUGUUCUGUCAUAUGAUCGCUUCAUUGCAAUUUGCCUGCCAUUAAGAUAUCAUGCUCUUGUAAACAAUACCAGUAUGUUUUUAGUUUUCUUAGCAGUUUGGGCAUUUAAUUCUUCUGUUGUGGGCUUGAUGGUGUCUUUGAUAACCCGACUUUCAUUAUGUGAAUCUAAUGUGAUACAGAGUUAUUUUUGUGAUCAUGGACCGAUGUUUAGGUUAGCAUGUAAUGACAACAGCAUUAAUAAGAUCAUGGCAUUUCUUGUCUCAGCUUUAUACCUUUUAGCACCAUUGAUCAUUAUAUUCCUUUCAUAUAUGGGAAUUUUUCUUGCUUUAAUCAAAAUUACAACUUGGCAAGAACGUUUGAAAGCUCUGAAGACCUGUUUUUCUCACCUGUUUUUAGUAGGGAUAUAUUUCCUGCCAAUGUGUUGCUCAUACAUUGCCGCAUUAUUGGUUUCUCUCACACCCAAUGCAAGGGUCAUCAGUACCUCUCUGGCUUAUGCUGUUCCACCGAUGCUAAAUCCUAUCAUUUAUGUUUUAAAGACAGCUGAAAUCAAAGAGAUAAUUCAAAAAGUGUUUAAAAACAAAUCUGCACCAAUUAGAGAGAACAUUUCUAAAUGA